AGUCAAGUACGUUAUGCGACGAAGAGAGCCGGAGGAAGUGCAAGAAAUAACAGAGACUCUGCUGGUCGCCGACUCGGUGUGAAGAUUUACGGCGGACAACGAGUGCGGACUGGCAACAUUAUCAUUCGCCAACGAGGGACGGUAUGGCACGCAGGCGAGAACACUGGUCUUGGCAAAGACCAUACUAUUUUUGCAAUGGAACCGGGAUACGUCAAGUUUUACAAGGAUCCAGCACAUCCAAAGAGGCAAUUUGUCGGCGUAGGACUGUCGAAGGAGCAAAAGCUGCCAAAGCCUAUUGGCGCGCCUCGAGUUCGCCGUCUGGGACUA